UUCAAAUCUUCGUAUAUCAUGCGUUUUGAAAUAGCCGCGCUAUAGCAGACCGUGGCAGACCGGACCGAAGCAUGACCAAGGAGAUCAUGUUGCGAAAUAUAUUUGAAGUAUGAAUUAGGUCAUGACUUAAGCUGGUCCUGGAGAUUCAAAACAUCAAAAGCUGACAGACAACUGCUAACAACUAUCCUGAAUGCUGAUGCCAGCCCAAGAAAAUUAUGUGGGAUAAUGUGAUGUUUGUAUGCCAUCGCAGCAUAAGAGAAUAAGCCCAGAGAGCAAGGGAGCAGUUUUGCGAACAAUGUGACUACUUAAUUGAAAAAUAAAUAUUAAGUGAAAUGUAUGCAAGAAGAAAUGUCGCUGAAUAUACCGGUCGGUUAAUGUUGGAACUGCAUGUGCAAAACACUGUGCACACACUCCAUCGUUCUUGCUCGACUCGAGUGGGAACACUUCAACAGAGGAAAACCAUUGGUCCUAGAGGAUGGGUGUUAUUGGUACUCUACUUAUUUCCGAACCCAUAUUACUCGUGCAAUUGUAGAAUGAAACUAAGUUAACUAAGAUUAUUAUCGGUUUUUAAUACUGAUUGAAAAAGCUGACAAUUGUUGAGUGAUAGUACAUUAAAAAAUUCAUAUUUUUAAGAUGGUGUUCAGUAUAAAUAGGCCAUUUCUUGGAAUUAAAACUGUUGAGGAGGAUAGUUUGAAAUACUCUGAAGGUUCUAUAUAACAAUUGUUUGCAUUAGGGAAUCCCUGUUCUCACAUUUGCCUUGGGUACUUGGCAAGUUCAGAGGCGUAAAUGGAAACUUAAUUUAAUCCAAGAGUUAGAGAAGCGGAGUAAUGCAGAACCUAGAGAGUUUCCAGAGGAUUUAACUGAACUGAAGGAAAUUGAAUAUUAUCCUGUACGGGUCAGAGGACACUUUGACCACUCCAAAGAACUGUUUCUUGGUCCAAGGUCAUUGAUUAAAGAUGGAGAUGCAGCCUCUGAAGGAAAACUUAUCUCAAAAAAUGCAAAAUCACAUACUGGUUAUUGUGUCAUAACACCUUUUCAACUAUCAGACAAAAACUUCACUAUCCUUGUGAAUCGAGGGUGGGUCCCUUAUGACAAAAGAAAUCCUGCAUCUCGUAGAGGAGGUCAAAUUGAAGAUGAAGUGGAACUUGUGGGAAUUGUUAGGUUAGAAGAAAAGAGACCUCCUUUCACUCCUCAUAACAAAGGAAACAUGUGGUUUUAUAGGGAUUUGUCCCAAAUGUCUGCUGCCACUGAUGCUGCACCUGUGCUUUUGGAUGCUGUAGUGGAGAGUUCCGUUGAUGGGGGUCCUUUAGGAGGGCAGACACGGGUUUCAUUAAGAAAUGAACAUUUCUCCUAUAUUUUGACCUGGUACAGUUUAAGUGCUUUAACAGGCAUCAUGUGGUUGCGGAUGUUUGUAUUUCGAUGAAAUCCGAGCAGCCAAAGUAAACUGAAAGUAGUAGUAUGAGAUAUGAACUCUCUUGAACCUGUAUAUAGUUUUGGAAAGAUAUUGGUGCAAAUAAAAUAAAGAAUCCAACUACUGAUUUGUAAUUUUAUAUAGGUUCUCCACGCACACACAUGCCUAAUUAUAAGAAAAUGAGGGGGGAAAUUCCUAAUGUCUUAAUUCAAAUUUCAUUCACAGAAGAAAGAGAGAAAAAACAACAUAAAAUGUAAUUUUAUGAUGUAUUAACUUCCAUUCAAAUUAAAAUUGGAAGUUGAAUUAUAGUAUAAUUUUGUGAAGCCAGCUUUUAAAUACUCUCUUCCAUGUGUAACUAUGUAAAUAUUUAUUUUAUUUUUCUUGGCAACAAACCAUGCGGUCUCUUGUGCCUUAAAAUUAAUUUAGAUGAAAAUUAGAUUUCAUUAAUUCAUUUGACUCUAUCAACAUGAAACUCCUGCGCCACAUCAAACACAUUAAAGAAGAAAAAUGUAGAAAUUUAUGAAGUAUGGUAAAAGGAAAUCGGCAAGUUUAUGCGCAAUUUUCAACUUGUGUUGCCAUGGUGCAAUAUUAUGAAACAGUGCUUCUAGACCCUUGAAUCAACAGUUGAGUAGUAAUCUUCAAAAUAAUUGGUGGUAAUGAUUUGGAUCAUCUAUUACAUUACAUCUUUAGGAUGCUCCAAUUACAUACAAUGAAGGAUUUGUAAGAAACAUGCACAACAUUGAUAUCCGUAUAAAACUAAAUUGACUACUGCAAUUAAAUCUCCCAAGUCUUAAGUAUUUCUGUGUUAAUAAACACUUAACAAUGUUAGAAUGGUUAACUAUACCAAACUUUUUGAAGUAAUAUUGCCCAAGACCUAACUGUUCAAAGUUUUGAUUCCAGUAUGCAAAUAUUUUCAUUAUAUAUGUACAAAAUGCAGAACAUUUGCAUGUGUCCAGUCUCACUAAAAUAAGAGAUUUUUUUCCCUUUGAACACACUUGCAAAAUUUGGAAACUUCAGUAAACCUUUUAUUUACAUAAUGGUUAUGGAUAACAUAAUGGAACUCAAAAAAAGCAGAAACUAGAUUCUCUGAUAAAUAAUGCAGCCCCCCCCCCCUACUACCUACACUACCUGGGGGAUCACUUUCUCACCAGUAAGUAAAAUCUUAUUUUACUCCCUAGGUACAUUUUCAUUAUUGCAUCAUGGUACUUUUUUGCUACAGCUUCAAUUGUUGAUACAAUUUAUUAUUUGUCCUGUGCAAAUUAAUAAAUAAAUUAAUAAAAUAAUUUAAAAAUGAGCCAUAACAAUAUUGUGUGUUAACAUUUUGAUGUAACUAUUUUUUUUCUUCCGUGAAUGAAUGAAAAAGUAGGUAAAGCAAAUGUUUUAAGCUUCAUACUUUUAUAAAACCAAACUUACUUCUUAUCAAAGAAUGGAACAGGAAAAAAUGAGUUGGAAAAUUAGGGGAAUUAGAUGACCAUAUGUUCAAUUCUAUGGUGGUAGGAAAAGCAAAUACAUAACACUUCACAUUUUAGAGUCAACUAAGAAAAAGAAACAAUAAAAGACAUGUGCUAAGUAACUAAAAUGUAUUGAUAGUUUCUGAGUAAACAUAUCACACUUCUAAAUAUUUCAAUAUAUUGACUUGUUAUUUUAACAUAAAUUCACAGAUUUUUCGUUGCACUUUUAAAAGAAAUCUGAAUAUUUUGUCAGUGACCCUUUUGAAAUUCAACAAAUUGCUGACCUCAUACAAUUAGUUUAAAGACAAAGAGAACUUCAAUAACAUGGUCUUUUGAAAGUACAUACAGAUAUAAAUGGAUUUUAUUUCUGACUGGCAGCAUGGAACAAUUUUUAUCACACACAUGCAUGAAAACCUUUUUCUGGUACAAGUUAUCUUCACUUUGUAAGACUUCAGGAACACUGCUCUAGAAAUAAAUUACGAAUGUCUACAAAAAUGUUUCAACUUUUCAUAAUAAAAUAAAUCUACAUUAUACUAAUAACAAGACAAUGUCAACUCUUUCAAGUUAUGGAAGUAUUAGCACACCAAAAGGAAGAGACACUUUUGGGCAUACAUCUAUUUUGGUGGAAAGUACCAUAAUUGUCAAUUUUAAAAAAGUGUGAUAAGUACAUGAGUUUUGGCACAUCACGUAAAUUGAAGUGGGUGUGAGAUCACCAUUCUACACUGAGUAAAAGGGGUCCAAAACCACUUGGAGGGCAACAACAAUUAUUUUGUUUUUUAUAGUUAAAGAAGUUCUUAUAAAAUGUUACACCAAAGAAACAAUCUUUAGAAGACAAAAUAUAAAAAUGCUACAUACAAAGCACUUUCGCAUAAAAUAAUUAUAAAUAAAAUGCAAUCUCUGGAAUACACAUUGAAAGCACAAACAUUUUCAUUUAUGUUAAAGGCAAAAAGGAACGAGCUCCUAAGUCAGAUUCUCAUUUUUUCCACCUCCUUUCUUUGUAGUUAUAUGAAGCUGAAGGCAACUCUUAACAUAAAACAAAAAUUUAUAUAAAAAAAACUAUGCACAGAAAGGAAAAUAAACAAAAGGUCAAUAUUCUACAUUUACAACAAAGAUAUUUAUUUUGUGUUGAAGCAGGUAAAAGACAGUGACUAAACCUCCUCAAAAUAAAAAAUUUUCAAAAAUGAUUGUACCUAUUUCUUUAUGUUUUCUCAAAAUAUCCUUAUUAGUACUUUGGUGCAGUCUUACAGUAUGACUUUAAAAAAUUAAAAUAACUAUCAAUUUUGAAAUUGCCUGCAAUUUAAUCAAAAGCCAUAAUUAUUCAAUUUAACUUUUGAGUUUAUGUUAUUUAAUUUUCUUUCAAUUCUGUAGGAAGUGGGAAUUAAUUUCAAUCUUCCUGCACUCUUGUAAUUUUCAAGAAUAAUUCUAAUUAGAUUGUUUUAAAGGUUAUUACAUUAAGAGUGCGUAACAAUUUGUAAAAAAAAAAUACAUGCUUCUUCCAAAAAUUUUUUGUUGCUUAAUUUUAUUCUUUUUGAUCAUUAAAUUAUAUUUUACCUAGUUCUAGUUGGUCUAGACAUCAGAAUGGUUUUAGUCAGUUUACUUUGAACUGUUUCAUCAUUUCAUAAAUAUCUUUAUUAUAUUAUUACAGUCUUUAAUUUUUCUUUCACAAUUCAGUCACUUACAGAGUAAGGCAAAUAUUCUACUGUCAAAUUUCAGACCUCCUCAUAUCUUGUGACUUCUGCAAGGCUUAACAGUCAGUGUUGUAAAUAGUCAGUUAAACAAUACAUUCACAAUUACUGAGAUAAAAUGCCAUUCAUAAAUGAGUAUAGUGACUUUACUGUUUGUAUCUCUAAAAAGAGUUUGGCACAAUUUCAUUUGGAUAAUAUUUCCUUUUUCAUUUAAUAAUCAUGGGAAAUCCAAAUGUCUUGACCCAAAGGGUCCAGCUUUUAACCCUACAUUUUUAUUGUAACUUAGUAGAAAGAAAAACACCUAUACCAAAUGAAUAUAAAUUCGUAUCAGUUAUAUGAGAAAAUGUAUUAUUGAAUAUACAAUCAGCAAUUAAACAAGAGAUACUCUCAAGUAUUAAUUCUGUGGAUUUCACAGUGUAUUUCAUUCUGUUUCUCAAACAACUUUAAAAAAUUAAAAUGUAUUAAAAUAAUUUAAAUUUUAUUAUUUUUACUAUCAAUAAAAUUAUCAAAAAUACCCAUUUUCACACAUCUGACCUGACCAUAGAUUGUUCUGAUGUGCAAGUUACACACAUGAACCAUUUACAUGAUUUCCUUCAACAGCCUUCCUUCAUAUAACAACAGUGUUAAGCUACAUAGAAAAAUAUUACAUACAACUGUAUUUACUAUCAAUGUAACAUGCUUCACUGCUGCCCACAACAAUAAACUAUGUAAGAAGUUCUGUGACAUUCUCACAGUACUAUCAAAAUGAUUUUCUUCUUGACACAACUUUCUAUUUUUCAAUUUUGAUACCAAUUAUAAUACAUUUCAUCUCAUAAUAAAUCAAUUUUUUUAAAAAUUGAAGCAUGAAGUUCAUUUAUGUGUCAAGAACAUCUGUAAUCUAUAAUUAUUUUUUGGCGUGCAAUGUAGUUUUCUUUACAUUCACCUCAUGAUUACAUUCAUGAGGGAGGGUAUUGAGAGCAACAGUAAAUUGCAUUCUUAUAAUAAAAUGUUAUACAAUAGAUUAAAGAAUGAAUAAUUAAACCAAAUCUAACAUUAUUUCUAAAAUCCAUAUAAUUGCAGUACAAUUACAUACAAAAGCAAAUAAAUCUGAGAAGGUACUUUCUUCCAGUCUCUGGGCAUUCAUUGAAUGCGGCAACCGUCUUUGUGCAGACAUCAAAAGUCAUGGUAACUCAACAUAUUUCAUUUCGAGCUCUGUGCAUCUGGCACUAAAAAUAUUCUUACAAAGGUACAGGGCACAGAAUAAAGACAACAAGAAGGUCCUGUGAAAAGAAGCAUCUUGACCUCAAGUCGUCUGUCAACUGAGGACAAUACAAAAGUUAACUCCAUAUUUUUUUAAAUUAUGUAAUUGAUAGAAUGCGAAACAAAACUAAUUUGUUCAUAACCCAAAUUGCUCAAAAUUUCAAAAACUACACUACUUGAGAGCUGCACCAGUUAUUGUCCUGGAUAUCAAGAAUUAUAUAUUGGAUGUAAGAUACCAAAAUACUACUUCUAAAAUUUUUGAAUUCAGUGUGUUCAUUUCAUGAACAUAUUUCUUUUACAUAACAUUCAUUAUCUCCUAUAAUGUAGAACAAAAUUUACUUGGUAUUAUUGAUCAGUACCAUAUGAUACACUCAAUGUACAACACUCUUCUGAGUUUUUUGCCUCCCAAUACAAUAAUAAACAUACAACAUUCAUUCAAUUCAAGACUAGAAAAGAAAAAAUGAGACAAGCCUUAUUUGAUGUCUUUUUCUUUUAGCAAAUGACAUAUGAACCCACAAAUCUUUGCGUAAAAUAAACGGAUGGAAAGAUAUUUUUGUUCAUCUUGGCAUACCCUCAACUUAACACUAAGAAACACAAAAAAUUAGAAAGAAAGUCAAGCAAUAAAAUACUUCCUCCAAAAGCAUUUCAAAAAAUAAUUCAAGAACCACUGAGUAAAAAUUGAAAUCCUACAAUGCUGUAAAUCUAAAUUAAUGUGGUAUUUAUGUGGACUAUGCAUCUUAUUUUUUCUUAUGGAGCCAAUACAAUAGAAGUUCACUCCACAGAAAAUCUUUCCUCUUUGCUUCUAUCACCCAUAUUUUCUAAAUGACAAGUGGUGUCACUUUUCGUCCACAUAUCUGCUGUACUUCAAAAAAUAAUAUAACUAAAUGUAUGAAUUUGGCAGCUCCACCAGAUCACAGGCAAGAUAAAAUGAAAUCAUCAUUACCACAAUGCUUCGAGUGCUGUCCCAAACCCACCCAAGUAGAAAUAUUCUCUUUGCCAUACACAAUGAUCAUCUUUAGUUCAUCACUUCCAGGUGCAUUGUCAGCUGUUCAAAUAGAGAUUCCUUGAGCAAUGUUAUCUUCUUUUGUUUUGUUUUUCAAUGCAAAUAGAGAAAGUAUUCCUUUGAGUGACUUCUGCAAUCUUAUUUUCAAGUACUUGCUUUUGCCAAUUUAUAGACAUGCCAAUUUGUAGAGUAAUAAAUUUACUAACACAUAUUUCCAGUUGGUUUUUGAAAAGUGUGAACAAUUUUAAUUAAAAUUAUCACACAUUGAAUCCUUGGUUCUUUCUCAGCCAGGUUUAAGUAGCACCGAGGUACUAUUAAGUGCAAAUACAAACUUUCAAAUUCACUGUGUAAAUAAAAUUUAAAGUAAGAAAUCAGGCUUUGUUCUCAUGAACAUGAUCAAAAUUGUAAUUAGUGCUAUUUGACAUUUAUACUAUGAAAGAGAUUUCAUUUUUAUUUCUUAUUUUCCACCCAGAACAUUUGGAUUCAACAACUUUCAUUUUAACUGAUUGAAAACAUCACACCUACAUUCCCACUUUCUUUAUCUCUGCUACAAAAAAAAAAUUCAUUUCAUUUCCCAAUAGCAACUUUUCAU